AUUUGGGUGUGUGAGAUGUAUGUUGAAGAUAACUACCAAUGUACAGGUAGUGUUGAAGACAUUUAUGCGAGAAUUAAGAUACUGGAAUCUGUUGUCACGAACGCAACACUACGACCAGAACUUGGGGUGGGAGCUACAGUUCUACUGGGUGCUCGGUCUUCUCUUCAGAUACUUCGUUCUUCUACCAAUGAGACUUGUUCUAGCAACGAUGGCUGCCGCAUGGUUGGUAUUGACCAUGUUCACAUUCGGUAUCGUUCCUCCACUCAGGAAACAACUGAAAUGGCAGAACUUUUGUCAAAGACUGUUUUUUCGUGUGUUCGCUCGUGCUCUAUCCGCCUCCAUCACCGUACACAAUAAAGAGAACAGAGCGAGAGACGGAUUAUGCGUAGCCAAUCACACGUCACCCAUCGACGUCAUCAUUUUGGCUACUGACAAUAACUUCUCUCUGGUGGGACAAAAGCAGGGUGGAGUCAUCGGCUUGUUUGAGAAAGCUGUCUUGUUUGCUCAGCCGUCUCAUAUUUGGUUUGAAAGGUCGGAAGCCAGUGAUCGACGUCUUGUGUCCAUGAGAUUGCAGCAGCACGUCAGCACGUCGGGUAAUAACCCAAUCCUGAUAUUUCCGGAAGGUACAUGCAUCAACAAUGAGGGCGUUUUCAUGUUCAAGAAGGGAUGCUUCGAUGUCGGUGCAACCGUCUAUCCAGUGGCAAUGAAGUAUGAUCCUCGGUUUGCUGAUCCGUUUUGGAACUCAAGUCGUCAGUCAAUGAUCAAGCAUUUGAUGAACAUUCUCACUAGCUGGGCACUCGUCUGUGAAGUAUGGUACUUGCCACCAACAAGAAUGCAGGAUGGUGAGGACUCUGCAAUGUUUGCUCGACGGGUGCAACGGGAUAUUGCUAGAACGAUAGCUCUUGCGAAUAAAGAAGAAUGGGAUCCUCAACGAGCUAAGAGACCACACCAAUACUCUAGAAAGUUUGACAAAGAGAAAGAAGAACAGCAAGCACAGUACUCGGCAACUUUGAAGUUGAGGAGUGAAUCGGCACCGGUUCUAUGUCAGAUCAAUGAUGAUGAAAUAAUGGACGUGAAGGAAGUUGUCGAAAGGCGAUCAGCAACACCGGCUACUCGUAAGAGAGCGACUUUUAGUAUCGACUGAAAUGUUACUUUGUUCUUACUGUAAUCGUAUGGGACAUGCUUGUCGCUCAAGGUAGGGCCGGCCACUGGAGGUGCUGUAGGGCCAUGUAUUUUGUAUGAAUUUUCUCCGUUACAAUGUAGUGACAGCUGUGAGACAGGCAA